AUGAUCACUUACAUCCUCCUCGUCUCCCGACAAGGCAAGGUCCGUCUUGCAAAGUGGUUCACGACAAUGCCGCAGAAGACCAAGGCCAAGAUCGUCAAGGACGUCACCCAGCUCGUUCUAGCACGCAGGACGCGCAUGUGCAACGUCCUCGAGUAUAAGGACACUAAGGUGGUCUAUCGCCGCUAUGCGUCGCUGUUCUUCGUCUGUGGGAUUGGUUCCGGGGACAACGAGCUGAUCACGCUGGAGAUCAUCCAUAGAUAUGUGGAGGUGCUUGACAGAUACUUUGGAAACGUAUGCGAGCUCGACCUCAUCUUCAAUUUCCAGAAAGCAUAUGCAAUCCUGGACGAGCUCAUCAUCGCGGGCGAGCUGCAAGAAUCUUCGAAGAAGUCCGUGCUUCGAGUGGUCACCCAAUCGGACAGCAUCGAAGAGCAAGAAAACAGUGAAGAUACUAUGGCACGGCUGGGGAGUCUUGGGUCAAGAGGACCGUAG